UCUGUGGUGUAGAUAGAGUGUUAGAGAUAGGAUGAUAUAGUGUAGGACCAUGGAUGAGUAAAGGACUUAAAAUAUACUACCAAACUUCUCUUCUUUAUCAAUAAAGAAGUUGUUUCUUAGUAUUUUCUUUUUUUAAUCGUCACUUUCCCAGUCUUCAAAAAAUGAGUUCCUCUAAUUUCCCUUGCAACGCUAGUCGUUUAUCUGCAAGCUAUGGAUCAGAAAAUUUCAAGAAUAUGUGUGAAAAAUACAAAGAUAUAAUAUCAACCCUCCCCAAACUAGAGCCUUCCUAUCCUGGUUAUGAAUCUUACCAAUAUCAAGGAUUUUGGUACCCUAUACAGUUCUUACAAGUAAUUUUAUAUAUGCAAGAAAACUUCAGGGCUCGACCCUCUGAUAUUUUCCUUUGCAGUGCUAUGAAAACAGGCACCACUUGGCUUAAAGCUUUAACCUUUUCCAUUAUGACUAGGCAUAUUUUUCAUGAUGACGACUCUACAAAUAACCCUUUACUCAAUAAGGUACCCCAUGAUUGCCUACCCUUUUUGGAAGUUGAUUUUAUCUCCAACCCUAAAUUUGUAGAUGCAGAGUUGCCAUUAUUAUCCACACAUGUUCCUUACAGUCACUUACCACCAUCCAUACUAGAAUCCAAUUGCAAGAUCAUUUACAUAUGCAGAGAACCCAAAGAUACCUUAGUUUCUUUGUGGAAAUUCAGUCAAAAGGUAUUUGACCAAGAUGUAUCAGUAGCAAAUAUUCUUACACUUGAACACCAAGUCAAGUGGUUUUGUGAAGGCAAAUCGUUUUAUGGACCUUAUUGGAAUCACGUGUUGGGGUAUUGGGAAGCAAGUCAUGAUGUAGAGAGACAUGAUAAAGUAUUGUUCUUGAAGUAUGAAGAUUUGUUGAAGGACACAUUAUACUAUGUGAAGAAAUUGGCGGAAUUCAUGGAGAGACCUUUCUCUAUGGAGGAAGAAACACGAGGUGUGCCUGAAGAAAUCAUAGCACGCUGUAAUUUCAAAAGUUUGAGCAAUUUAGAGGUGAACAAAACCGGCUUGCAUCGGCCAGAAACUCAGCGAGUUCAGAAUAGUAUAUUUUUUCGGAAAGGAGAAAUUGGCGAUUGGAAGAAUUAUUUGACCAAGGAUAUGGCAAAAGAAAUUGAUGACAUAACGAUGGAGAAAUUUCAAUCUUGAGGCUUAACAUUCCCUUCUUCAAUAUAGUACCAGAUUAACACCAAAUAAUAAAAAUGGAACAAUUGUUUAAUGCAGUUUUUGGUUCCUUUCUUCUUUUGUCAUCUUGAUAUAUAGUACUUUUUUUUACAAACAAGUUCUCCUGUACUAUUCAUUGUUUUGUGUAAUUUUCUUAUUCUUGUUCAACUUUUGGGCUUGAUAAUUAGUGCCUCUUCUUCA